GGCGAGGGUGACGCCCCACGGCUCGUCCCUCAACCUGCUGCGGUCCCGCAGGUCCCGCAGCGUGGUCCAGAUCAACGCCAGCAUCCGCUUCGAGCCCUCCAAGAUCAACAUCUUCACCAAGGACUGCAAGAGGAAUGGGAAGGAUGCCACCUGCAUGUCGGCCUCCGUCUGCUUCACCGCCCUCUUCCUCUCCGCCCACUUCCAGACGGCCAGCGACACAGCAGACUACGUGAAGCCGGUGACGUUCUCCAUCGACUACGAGCUGGAGCAGCCGGAGCACGGCCCCAUGCUGGAUGAUGGGUGGCCCACCUCCCUCAGGGUCUCGGUGCCUUUCUGGAAUGGGUGCAAUGAGGACGAGCACUGUGUCCCUGACCUGGUCCUGGACGCCAGGAGUGAUGUCCCCAGUGCCAUGGAGUUCUGCCGGCGGGUGCUCCGGAGGGGCCCCCCGGAAUGCUCAGCCUUCAGCCUGUCCUUCGACGCCUCCGUGUUCGUGCUGGAGAGCGGCAGGAGGAGGGUGGCGGUGGAGGCCACGCUGGAGAACCGCGGGGAGAACGCCUACAGCACCGUCCUCAACAUCUCCUUCUCCAGGAACCUGCAGCUCGCCAGCCUCAUCCCCAAGGACGACACCGACGUCAACAUCGACUGCACGGCUGACGACAGGCACCCCAACAAGAGAGUGUGCAACGUCAGCUACCCCUUCUUCAGAGCCAAGGCCAAGGUAGCUUUUCGCUUGGAUUUUGAGUUCAGCAAGUCGGUUUUCUUGGAGAACAUGGAGAUCUACAUGAUUGCCAGCAGUGACAGUGAGGAGAAGGAGAGCACCAAGGAGGACAACUUUGCCCACCUCAAUUUCCACCUGAAGUACGAGGCCGACCUGCUCUUCACCAGGACAUCGAGCCUGGACUACUACGAGGUCAGGUCCAACAGCUCCCUGGAGAGAUACGACAGCAUCGGCCCCCCCUUCCACUGCACCUUCAAGCUGCAGAACCUGGGCUUCUUCCCCGUGGAGGGGGUGACCAUCAGGAUCACCGUCCCCGUGGCCACCCGGGCAGGCAACCGCCUCCUGCUCCUCACUGACUUCCUGCUGGACCAGGAGAACACGACCUGCAGCCUCUGGGGGAACACCACUGACUACAGGAGAACCCCGGCUGAGGAGGACCUGACCCGCACCCCUCACCUGAACCACAGCAACUCCGACGUGGUUUCCAUCGACUGCCACGUGAAAUUAGCCCCCAACGAGGAGAUGAACUUGCACUUGCGUGGCAAUCUGUGGAUGAAGUCUCUGAAAGCACUGAAGUUCAAGUCACUGAAGCUCACCACGAACGCCGCUCUGCAGCGACGCUUCGGGAGCCCCUUCAUCUUCCGGGAGGAGGAUCCCAGUCGCCAGAUCACAUUUGAGAUCUCCAAGCCCGAGGAGUCGCAGAUCCCCAUCUGGAUCAUCCUGGGGAGCACCUUAGGAGGUCUCCUGCUCCUGGCCCUGCUCGUCCUGGCGCUCUGGAAGCUGGGAUUUUUUAAGAGCGGGAACCGCAGGAGAGCGGCGGAGCAGGAGCAGAAUUCCAUGGGGCUGGAAUGACACUGCCGGGGCCAGGAGCCCCCCGUGCCCCCUCCCGGCCCCUCGCCAGCUCCGGAGCAGGAGGUCACCUCGAUCCCGAGGGAUUUGGGUGCUGAGCUGGGGUUUGCAUCGAGAGGAGAGAACACCCCUUUGUGUGACAUCACCUGAACUGGUCCAAAAGCCAAAAAAACCACCCUUAAACGCACCAAAAAAUCAACUCCAAACCUCCUCGUGCCACGGCAAGAGGAGCUUCGAGCUGGGUCUGCAACGAGGUGGCAGCGACACAGGGGGAUGAGGGGCCACCAAAGCGACGCGUCCCGUGGGCUGGGACAAACCACGGGGCUGCAAAACUCUUUACAGUAACAAUAUCCAUUAAAAAUAAACGAGGAUUGCUCAUUCCUGUGGCGGGGCUGCAGCAUUCCCUGGGCUUUGCUGGCCACGGCUCUCAAACUGCCUUCGUUGACAGGAGUAAUUAGGUGGAGAUUUUAAUUUGCCGCCUUCUGAAUGCACUGAAUGAAACGAUAGCGAGUUAAAAGCACCUUAAUGCGAAUCUCCGGUGUCCAGCUGUACAUAAUUAUUCUACAAAUAUUUACCUGUUGAAGGAGGGGGAAAAAAAAGAAUUAAAAACUAUU